GGACGCGGCGGCGGCGGCGGCGGGGGCGAGCCGGGGCGGCGGCGCGGCGCAGGGUCCGCCCGCGGCCAGCAUUUCCUGUUCGGAUUAUCUUCGGCGCCCCCACCCCCGCCCCGUUGCCACCUUCGCCUCACGCUCCCACUCCUCUGUGUCCUUGGUCGAAGCUGCUCUCGGCUCCGGUUCGUCUCCCCCUUCUGGGGACCCUCUUGUGACUCCGUUCCCCGGCGGCGGGGGAGCCCCGCCGAGACCAUGAGGAAAUUCAACAUCAGGAAGGUGCUGGACGGCCUGACCGCCGGCUCGUCCUCAGCCUCGCAGCAGCAGCAGCAGCAGCAGCACCCGACUGGGAGCCGGGAGCCCGAGAUCCAGGAAACGCUCCAGUCUGAGCACUUCCAGCUCUGCAAGACUGUUCGCCAUGGAUUUCCCUAUCAGCCCUCAGCCUUGGCCUUUGAUCCUGUACAGAAGAUCCUAGCAGUGGGAACUCAGACUGGUGCUUUAAGGCUCUUUGGUCGUCCUGGAGUAGAAUGUCACUGCCAGCAUGACAGUGGAGCGGCUAUAAUCCAGCUCCAGUUCCUGAUUAACGAGGGAGCUCUUGUGAGUGCCUUGGCUGAUGAUACCUUACACUUAUGGAAUCUACGUCAAAAGAGACCUGCCAUACUACAUUCACUUAAAUUUUGCAGAGAAAGGGUUACGUUUUGCCAUCUGCCUUUCCAGAGUAAGUGGCUCUAUGUGGGGACCGAACGAGGUAAUAUACAUAUUGUCAAUGUGGAGUCCUUCACACUCUCAGGCUACGUCAUUAUGUGGAAUAAAGCCAUUGAACUGUCAUCUAAGUCUCACCCAGGACCUGUUGUCCACAUAAGUGAUAAUCCAAUGGAUGAGGGAAAGCUUUUGAUUGGUUUUGAAUCUGGAACAGUAGUCUUAUGGGACCUCAAAUCAAAGAAGGCCGACUACAGAUACACAUAUGAUGAGGCUAUCCACUCUGUUGCUUGGCAUCAUGAAGGAAAACAGUUUAUUUGCAGUCAUUCAGAUGGCACCUUGACUAUUUGGAAUGUGAGGUCCCCUACUAAGCCUGUUCAGACAAUCACUCCGCAUGGAAAGCAGUUAAAGGAUGGGAAGAAGCCAGAACCAUGCAAACCUAUUCUCAAGGUGGAAUUCAAAACAACUAGAUCUGGGGAACCUUUCAUUAUUUUAUCAGGAGGUUUGUCAUAUGAUACUGUAGGAAGAAGACCUUGCUUAACGGUGAUGCAUGGGAAAAGCACUGCUGUGCUAGAGAUGGACUAUUCAAUUGUUGAUUUUCUAACACUAUGUGAAACACCAUAUCCAAAUGAUUUUCAAGAACCAUAUGCUGUGGUGGUUCUUCUAGAAAAGGAUUUAGUACUUAUAGACCUUGCACAAAACGGAUACCCUAUAUUUGAGAAUCCCUAUCCUUUGAGCAUACAUGAGUCCCCUGUUACAUGUUGUGAAUACUUUGCUGAUUGUCCUGUGGACCUUAUUCCUGCACUUUAUUCAGUUGGAGCGAGGCAGAAACGUCAAGGUUAUAGCAAAAAGGAGUGGCCCAUCAAUGGAGGUAAUUGGGGCUUGGGUGCUCAAAGUUACCCAGAAAUCAUUAUUACAGGGCAUGCUGAUGGGUCAGUUAAGUUCUGGGAUGCUUCUGCAAUAACUUUACAAGUAUUAUAUAAACUAAAAACAUCUAAAGUAUUCGAAAAGUCAAGAAAUAAAGAUGACAGGCCAAACACAGACAUUGUAGAUGAAGAUCCAUAUGCCAUUCAGAUCAUCUCCUGGUGUCCAGAAAGUAGAAUGCUGUGCAUAGCUGGAGUUUCUGCUCAUGUCAUUAUUUAUAGAUUCAGCAAACAGGAAGUGAUUACAGAAGUAAUUCCGAUGCUUGAAGUUCGAUUGUUAUAUGAGAUCAAUGACGUGGAAUCUCCAGAGGGUGAGCAGCCACCACCUUUGCCAACACCGGGGGGAGGUUCCAAUCCUCAGCCCAUUCCUCCUCAGUCUCACCCGUCUACUAGUAGCAGUUCAUCUGAUGGGCUUCGUGAUAAUGUACCUUGCUUAAAAGUUAAAAAUUCGCCACUUAAGCAGUCUCCAGGUUAUCAGACAGAACUAGUUAUUCAGUUGGUGUGGGUGAGUGGAGAACCACCACAACAAAUUACCAGCCUGGCAGUUAAUUCUUCCUAUGGGCUGGUUGUUUUUGGCAAUUGUAAUGGUAUUGCUAUGGUUGACUACCUCCAGAAAGCAGUGCUGCUUAACUUGGGCACUAUUGAAUUAUAUGGCUCAAAUGAUCCUUACCGGCGAGAACCCCGAUCUCCUCGUAAAUCUCGACAACCUUCAGGAGCAGGUCUCUGCGAUAUUAGUGAAGGGACUGUGGUCCCAGAGGAUCGCUGCAAAUCUCCAACUUCUGGUUUUGAGUCUUCAGUAGCUGGUUCUACUACAUCAGAAACAAUAGUAAGAAUGGGAAAUAUUGAGAAUGGUUCUUCGUCACCACACAAUUCAGAUGAUGAACAAAAAAUGAAUAAUUUUAUAGAAAAGGUGAAGACCAAAAGCAGAAAGUUUUCCAAGAUGGUAGCCAGUGACAUAGCAAAGAUGUCAAGGAAGUUAAGCUUGCCUACUGACCUAAAGCCUGACUUAGAUGUAAAAGAUAAUUCCUUCAGCCGAUCACGAAGUUCCAGUGUAACCAGCAUUGACAAAGAAUCACGAGAAGCGAUCUCUGCUCUUCAUUUCUGUGAGACUUUUACUCGAAAGGCGGACUUAUCCCCUUCCCCUUGUCUGUGGGUUGGAACGACUCUAGGAACAGUGCUUGUCAUUGCACUGAACCUUCCCCCAGCAGGAGAACAAAGACUUCUCCAGCCAGUAAUUGUGUCUCCAAGUGGUACUAUAUUGAGGUUAAAAGGUGCAAUCUUGAGAAUGGCAUUUCUGGAUACCAUGGGCUGCUUAAUGCCACCUGCAUAUGAACCCUGGAGGGAACACAAUGUUCCUGAAGAAAAAGAUGAAAAGGAAAAAUUGAAAAAACGGCGCCCUGUCUCAGUAUCCCCCUCCUCUUCUCAGGAAAUCAGUGAAAAUCAGUAUGCAGUGAUAUGUUCUGAAAAGCAAGCGAAAGUCAUCUCACUGCCAACCCAGAACUGUGCUUAUAAGCAGAACAUUACCGAGACCUCAUUUGUGCUUCGUGGCGAUAUCGUAGCGUUGAAUAACAGCAUCUGCCUUGCCUGUUUCUGUGCCAAUGGGCACAUUAUGGCUUUCAGUUUGCCAAGUUUAAGGCCUCUAUUGGAUGUGUACUACCUGCCCCUUACCAACAUGAGGAUAGCCAGAACAUUCUGCUUCACCAACAAUGGACAAGCAUUAUAUCUGGUUUCACCUACAGAAAUCCAAAGACUUACUUACAGUCAAGAAACCUGUGAAAAUCUUCAGGAAAUGCUGGGUGAGCUCUUCACUCCUGUAGAAACACCUGAAGCACCAAACAGGGGAUUCUUUAAAGGCUUAUUUGGAGGUGGUGCACAAUCUCUCGAUAGGGAAGAACUGUUUGGAGAAUCGUCCUCAGGAAAGGCCUCAAGGAGUCUUGCACAGCACAUCCCUGGCCCUGGUGGUAUUGAAGGUGUGAAAGGGGCAGCAUCUGGAGUCGUCGGUGAAUUAGCACGAGCCAGGCUGGCACUAGAUGAAAGAGGUCAGAAACUUGGUGACCUGGAAGAAAGAACAGCAGCUAUGUUAUCAAGUGCAGAGUCAUUUUCUAAACAUGCUCAUGAGAUGAUGUUGAAAUACAAAGAUAAGAAGUGGUACCAGUUCUGACAACCAGAAUCCAGUAAGUUCAACUCAGCCAGAAGGAAAAAGGUUUUCCUUUUUUAUUAUAUUGAUUUAUUUAGGAAAGUCAACAUUUAAGGGAUGUUCAUCGCUGAAUACUGUUCUUUCCUCGCACAAUCAUGCACUGUUUUACCUCAGUCAUGUGGCUUUAACUGAGGAGUGUUCACACACUCAAACUGGAGCAGGAGGUGUGUGCCGGCUGUGAGUCGUCUGGAAACCCCACAGGUCACAAGUGACAGACGAAAAACAAAGGAGGAUGCGGAAGAGAUAUGGCAGAGACUAAUCCUGGAUGAUGCCUGUGUUAAACUUUCAUACGCCAAAAGGCUGUUUGCUAGUGUAUCUGCCAUCAGUGUUGGACCUGUUUAGGGAGAGGCAAGAAAUGAGAAGUCCUAAAGCUGAAAUAGUCACAUUUGUGUCACUGGACCGGAUCACAAACAGCUGUCUCGGACUUUUCCUCUCUUAAACUGACUGGUCAUCAGUAUCAUUAGUGAAAAAGAAUCAAACUGUUUGUUACCGUAUCUUUAGACAGAUAAGCUGAAUGAUGGGCUUUAAUAAUAAAGACAUACACACAGUUGACUUGUGUAUGGUCUACUCGGAUUCUUGUUAAUAUAUACUUGUGUUUAGUUCAUAUUUUGUCUAAAGCAAAACAAGACAAUACAUCACUUUUCAUUGAAAAGAAAAGUGUAGAGCAUGACUGAAUUGCUCAUCAUUCUGGAAGUUUCCAUGUAGUGGCUAUGCAGUGUGGAAAGUGAGAAAAACCUCCAUUGUGGUGAGGAGAAUACUUCAAUGUUCCUUGUCCUUGUUCUCAUUAAUUCAGCUGAAGGUGGAUUUGACCAAAAUAGGUACUGGUUAAAUUUGUAGAAAUGUUAAAAUUGGCUAAGUUUUUAAUUUUGCUUGAAUUUUUAUAAAAUGUACCUUUGCAUUACUUAAUUAAAAUUGCUAAAAAAAAAAAAAAAGGCAAAAAAAACCCCUUUCUUUAUUUCAGUAAAAUGCUCAGCUCUCUUUUAAAAAUGCCCUUUAUUUGCUAACUGUUCCAAUACACUCAGGUGAUGAGCCAAUUAAAUCUUAGUGCACAUGCUAUCGCAUGGAAAAUUACAAGCAUCUGUUGCCAAUAAUUAUCUAUAAGAGUCUAGUCUGAUGACAUACAAAAUAUUUUCUGUAGAAAUAUACUAUAAAUCUGUACAUAUCCUUUCAAGGUUUUAAAAAGCCAAAAGGAAAGGAAAAUACGUACACUUUGAUAACUAAAUUAUUUCUGUAUUGGAAUAUAAAUGCAGAUUGAGUCCAGCAAUGGACAGUGAAUGACUGGUUCAUAGAACAGCCUUUCAGACAGGAAGGAAUCGCUUUGUAGAUCUGGAAGGAAGCAAUCUGAUAGUGCUGGCUAGUCUGAGAUUAUUAUUGAUUGUUGAUAAAGCAACAAAAUAGCAAAACAGAAGCAUUAAAAUUAAUGUCAAUGAAAUUUAAAAAUUGUCUUCUAUUAAUUUUUUUAAAUCAUUUUCAUUUUUCGUUAAGAUAUAAUCAGAGCACAAAUUGAUAGCAAACAUGAUGGUUGUUUUCUCUUCCAUAUGCUCAUUAAAGGCAUACGUAGGACACAUUGACUUUUUCAUGCAGUCUGUUAUGCAUUUUUCCUCUUUACUUGUCAUUAAUAAAGCUUUUAGGUUUACAUUUUAUAAUGUGCGCUACUGGUUACAAAAGUUUACAUCAAAGUUUACUUUAAAUAUCAUUCAGUAGGGACUAAAAUAUAUGUAAUAGACAUAAUUGAUCAAGCCAAAAGAAAUAUUUUAAAAAUACAAUUAUUUUCAAAAGUUUUUGAAUUUAUAAAGUACUGAUACUUUUUUAAGUUAAUGUCAGCUAUCUACUGAGCAUUCAGCAGUUUAUGAAUUGUUUAAUUUGUAUUAUCUGUUACCCAAUAAACCCAUUGUUCCAUGACGUGUCACAGGAAUUGUUAGAUCCUUUUUUUAAAGGUACAGUUUUGUGAAUGUCAUCUAUAAAAUUGAUUUAAAAGGAGUCACGGAUUUAAAAGGAGUUGAGAAGCAUUAAGUAAAUUAAUAUGCUGAUUGAUUAUUUAUGCAGAAGAUCAUAUUAGCUGCAAUUAUUUAAUUUGCUUUGUUAUUUUCUAUAUUAACUUCAUUUUUUACUGUCAUUUUUCCUGUUGUAUACAAAAUAAAACCCAAACUUGUCAUUAUUUUCAAAUAGAGAAUUAGAUACACUGACCUGAAGUGGAUUUUUAGGAUUUGAUAAGCAAAUCCUACAUUGACAUUUUGAGUUAUUGAAUUCUUAAUCUACAAAUUAUGCACAACAAACUAGGGCAUCAGUUAGGAUUAAGUAUGUUUGAGUAGAGGAAAUAAGCUUCUUAGAGGUAUCUGUGAUUCAGUCUCUAGAACACGGACAGUCUGGAGUAAUAACUAACCCAGGGAAUUUAUUGUAAUCUGAGAGUCAACAUCUCUUAUUUUUAAGUUUUAAAUGCAGAAAGUAAUAGACACCAGCAAGCCACGAUUUCAAGAAAAUCACCCAAAAAAAAGUUCAAAUAGAAAAAUGAAAGAUUUCCGUGUGCUCUCUCCAUACCCUCAGCGUUGAUUUGUUGCAGUUGUCCUUGACUUUGAAGUCAUUGAAGUAUUCAUUGAUUCGCAGUUUGUCAGUAGGAAGUAGUUUUUCUGUAUGUACAUAUAUCCAGUUCAUUUCACUUUUCCAACUGAAAUCCAUAUGUGUUUGCUUAGAAAGUUAUUUGAAAUCUUAACAUUCUGACCAAUUCAGUAUAUUAUACCCAUUUGAAGUUUUGCGUUGUCUUAACACUUUUCAUUCGCAUUUCAAUUGUACAAAGUGUUUCCAGAAAAUUGUUAUAGAUUCAACUGAGCUAUUACUAACUUCUUACUUUGAUUUUUUAUGGAUGUGAAAAAUGCUGCUACUUGUCUAUGUUAUUAUGUGUAAGUAUAUUACAAUUUAAUUAAGUGCAGUAGUUUAAAGAAAGAAGCAUUUCUUUUGCUUAGAACUUAGUUGUAGGUUCCUCUGAAGUUAUUUAUGUGGAUAUGUGAGUGUUUUAAACAAGUCUGAAAGUGUUACAUACUUUUAGGUUACAGGGGUGCUGGGGAAAUUGCUGAGAAAAGAAAGAAUAUGUAGAAGACACUACGGAGUUCAAAGUUUUACCCUGAGUUCUAUAUUUCAUAAAUGUUUUGCUUAAGGCAUUUCUCAUGUGACAUUAGAAAAGCUAUAUCCAAAGGUAAAUUUUUUGUGGCAAAGAUUUAUUUUACUUUUUAACUUUUGGGACUUGAUUUCUUUCUGCAAAAUAAAGAGCACUGAACUAUAAACUUGAAUUUUUUCUGCACUUUUUUAGGUAAUGAAAACUUUUUAUUAUCAUUUAAUCCACAUUUCUCAGUUUAAAUCAAAUAAUACAUGUGUAUAAAACAUACCAAAAUCAUGAAUAUGCUGCUAGCCGCACCUUAAACAAACUGAUCAGUUUUAAAACCUUCAAUAGGUUUUUAUAUAGUUUUCAAAGAUAUAAAAAAUAGUAAAAUAAUUUGCUGUAUGUUUCAGUGUUCUUGGUCUUAAUUAUUGCAACACUUUCAGAUUUGUUUUAAGAUCAUACAGUAACAUGUUAUAUUUAUACAUACUGCUAGAGAAUAUACUUUUAGUUUUAAAAUGGAAUUUUUAUAAAUGUACUCUUUAAUUUUAAAAAUGGUGAACUUGUUAAGUUUAAGUCAAAGUACUUAAAAAGUAUGUAUAUUAUCCAUACAAAAGUUAUGUUUUACGCUUAUAAUAAGAAAUACUGGUAUCUCAUAUCGAGAUACAAUUAAUUUUAAAAAGAUCAUACAUCAUUUAAAAGUCUUCACAUAUGACAGGAAAGGUACCAUUACUAUGGUUUAAAAAAACCCUCUAUUGAGCAUUUUCAAAUAUUAAUUUUAUUUUUGGAGAAAAUGCCCACAAUAAUAAUUGCAAGAUCUUUCUCAAUAGCUACAGCUUGCUGUUGGAUGCCUCACUUAAUUAUUGUUUUAAAAUAUAUAUAUAUACAUAUAUUUAAAAUAGUUUUCCAGGUAUUUUCUUCUACCUUUUUUAAAAAUAAAUUUCCAAAAAUGAAAACAGAGUUUAUGUAUUUUUGUCAAUGAAGGUUUUUAUUUUGUAGUUUAUAGAAUUUGUUCCUUAUCAGUUUGAUACUUGAUCAAUAUUCUUAGACUUUUUAAUCUGUAUUUACUUUGGAAAAACACAACACUCCUACAUCUUAAACGUCCUUUUUUUCUUUUCCCUUUUAGGGUGUUUGUUCUAUUGAAUUGAGAUUUAUGCCCACAGAUUUGUUUUCAUUUGAAAAUGAAUGUGAAGAUACUGUUUACAGCUUUUGUUAAUUGCACUUUUCAUCACUCUGAUCAAUUUCUUAUAAAGUGCUAUGGGGAUUACUUCUCCUGUGAAUAGUAAUGAUCUUACUACUGCCUCAGAAGUUUUCAAAAAGGUUCUGUGGACAGAAAAAAAGAAGCACUAUUGCAAACACUAACAAUGUUAACAUACCAGUUAUUAGUUAUUUUGCAUUCCUAUUGCAACCAAAAAACACACAAAGGGAAACACUUCAGCUUACCUUUCUCAGUUGAAUUAAAUGAUUUUAAUAACUUCCCAAUUACCAGGGUUAUAAUUUUGCUUUCUUCAGUUACUAACACACUCUUAAAUUAUUAGGCACAAUUCAUUAUUUACGAAUUGAGUGUGGUAGUCCGGGGCUACUUGUUAAGUGCUCUCUUUAUUUUAUUCUUAACAUUAGAAAAAUCAUGAAUGUCAGUUUUGCCAGUAUUUUACAAUGAGGCUCGUAGUUUAAAUUGAAAUUUUAUAGUGUAUGAGAUGUAAAUAAAUUAGUAUUAAUUUAUUAUAGAUUGUUUGACUCAGGCAUUUAAAAUGGGUAUAGCUUAAUGGUAAUGGAAUCCUAUUCAUUUUUUAGUUUUUCUUUUUAAUAUACUUUUGCUAUUUGUUUUUUGUUGUCUAAACUUCAACUGAAGACAAUGUAUGGAGUUGAAAAGCAGACUCAACAUAUCAAUGAAAGCAAUGCAAAGAGGGUAAAUCAUGUUUUAAUUUUUAAUAUUUUUUUGUAAAUAAACAGUACUGUGAUGUUUUAGAUGUGUCCUCUGCUCAACAUGAUAGCUAUAACUGGAAAAACAUUUUGCUUUCUAGUUUUAUUAUUAGUUCAUUGUAAAUGCAUAACCAAAAGACAAUAUGAAAAAGAGCAAGAUCAAGUUUCCCUAACAUUAUCCACUUCAGGGACCAGCAUGCGUGGUAUAGAGCUCUAGCUUGUGUAUACCUUAAACUGUACACGCAGGUGUUUUCAGUUGCUGCACUUUUCUAAAAAAAAAAAAAAGAAAGAAAAAAUCUUGCUCAGUCCCAGUAACUAUCUCCAAGGUAAUUACUGGAAUAUGCAUUUUGAAAUACAGUUUUAAAAAGAAAAAAAAUCUGUGUAUUGUUUCAUCUUAAAAAAGAAAAAAAAGAAGCACUAUUGCAAACACUAACAACGUGUUAAACUUUGUAGUUAUUUUGCAUUCCUGUACUUUACAAAAUGUCAUCACAGCAAAAGGUUUAAAAUUAAGUAAUGAAAUAUUUUUGUAAAUAAAUACCGUUAAGCUGGUAUUUUAAAAAAUGUAUUAUAAAUUAAUGUUUCUGGAAAAUGUUCAUAUAUAUGUAUAUGAAUGUCUCUUUAUGCUGAAGGGCUCUGAUUGGGCAAAAUAAAAUACUCUACUCUCUCCUG